AUGCUUCCACUUUUGUCCACCUUGGUAAAGGGUCCAUUUUGCCACUUCCAAUGCGAUAGAAAUGUCUUUCGCCCUAUUGCGGUGUUGUGCUUGAGAGUGUCGCACCGUGGUUGUCAUGCCUGGGGGAGCUGCACAUGGGGGCAUCACACAUUGGUUGUUGUGCCUGAGGGCAUUGCAAAUGGGGUGUCGUGCCUAGGGGCAUCGCACAUGAGGUGUCUCGCUCGGGGGUAUCUUACCUUGGUUAUCAUUCCAAGGGGCGUCGCACAUGGGGUGUCACAAUCGAGGGCAUCACACCUUGAUUGUAGUGCUCAGAAACGUCUCACCUUGAUUGUCAUGCUUAGCGCGCUGCACAUGGGAUGUCGCACUAGGGGAUGUAGCACCUUGGUUGUCUUUCUUACGGGAGUCGUGCCUAGGGCGUCACACUUUGGGUGUUGCUCAAAGGGAGUCACGCCCGGGGGAGUUGCACAUGGGGUGUCGCUUCCGAGGCAUCAUACUUUUUUUCACCUUGGUAAAAAGAUCCAUUUUUCCACUUCCAAUGUGAUAGGAAUGUCUUUCGCCCUGUUGCGGUGUUGCACCCUACAACGUCACAUCGUGGUUGUCGUGCCUGGAGGUGCCACACAUAGGAUGUCAUGCCUAGGGGAGUCAUACCUUGGUUGUCUUGCCUGGGGUGUCGCAGUUGGGGACGUUGCACAUUUGUUGGUAUCACACCUUGGUUGUCGUGCUUGUGGGCAUCUUGCCUUGAUUGUCAUGCUUGGAGGUACCACACAUGGGGUAUCGCGCCUAGGGGUGUUGCACCUUGGUUGUCUUGCCUAG